CAGGAACCACCACGUCCGCCCCCCCUCCCCACCCCCCGUGCGACGGCUGUCCGCGGCUGGGCUCGAGCGCCGACUCGCCGAGCAGACGGCGUAGCCUCACACGCAGACCGUGAACCCUCGAUCUUGGGGUGGAACAGUACAGUAGCUGCUGCUCAACCGAAGCGUGCCGCGCCUGCUCUUGAUCAGGCGGGGUGGAGAUCUCCCAGGCCGAUUUCAAUCGCAGGUUGUACAGUAGUGUUACUCAAUUGAACAUCUGAGCAUAGGAGUUCCAAUUAAUAACAAGGCAGCAUUGAUCAAUGGAUAUCCGGACAAGUUGUCUGCUGAUCACUUAUUCUCCAGAGAUCAUAGAUGGGGUUCCUUUGCAUGUUUCAUCGAAUUGCCUGCCUAUAAAAGCAUGCAAAUAUGAACCUGCUGGUCAUUCAUUCCAUGCUGCAGCGUUGAAGCUCCUUGGUCUUGGGGAGCAAGAAGAUGCAGAAGCUGAUGACCGUAGUGUUUCAUCAGAUGACAAAAGCCAAGAUUUUUCCGCUGCUUCUGAUACCUUUAGCAGCAAAGGAAAGAAGAAAUCUGGAAGCCAACAACAAGAUCAUUAUGCAUUACUUGGCUUGGCACAUUUGCGGUUCUUGGCAACUGAAGACCAAAUCCGGAAGAGUUACCGUGACAUGGCUCUUAAACAUCAUCCUGACAAGCAGGCUUCUCUUAUUCUUGCCGAGGCAACGGAGGAAGCAAAGCAAGCAAAAAAGGAUGAGAUAGAGAGCCAUUUUAAGGCCAUUCAGGAAGCUUAUGAGGUCCUCAUAGAUCCUACAAAGAGAAGAAUUUUUGACUCAACUGAUGAAUUCGAUGAUGAUGUCCCAACAGACUGUGCCCCGCAAGAUUUCUACAAGGUUUUUGGCCCAGCAUUCAUGAGAAAUGGACGAUGGUCUGUUAAUCAGACUAUUCCUUCUUUAGGAGAUGAUGCUACACCUAUAGAAGAAGUUGAUAAAUUCUACAAUUUCUGGUACAACUUCAAGAGUUGGAGGGAAUUUCCACAUGCAGAUGAGUAUGACUUAGAACAAGCUGAGUCCCGUGAGCAUAAGAGGUGGAUGGAGAGGCAGAAUGUGAAACUACAAGAGAAGGCUAAAAAGGUAGAGUAUGCACGAGUACGUACUCUUGUUGACAAUGCUUACAAAAAGGACCCCAGAAUUCAGCGGAGAAAGGAGGAGGAAAAGGCUGAGAAACAGAGGAGGAAGGAGGCAAAAUACCUGGCCAAAAAGAUGCAGGAGGAGGAAGCUGCAAGGGCUGCAGAAGAGGAAAGGAAGAGAAAAGAAGAGGAAGCAAAGAGAGCUGCAGAGGCUGCUCUCAAUCAGAAGAAGUUGAAGGAGAAGGAGAAGAAGCUGCUACGCAAAGAGAAAACCCGUCUGCGCAAUCUUGUUGCACCGGUAGUUGCAGAGAGCCACUUUUCUCUGUCAGAAGAUGAUGUCGAAACGGCAUGCUCUUCACUUGAUAUGGAGAAACUUAAGAAGCUCUGUGAUAGCAUGGAGAACAUAGAUGUAUCUGAAAAGGCCAGAUUGCUCAGAGGUGCGCUGAGCAAAGAGUGCUCGUCUGGUACCUCAAAUGAUGGAAAGAAAAUACAAGCAAAUGGUGUGGAUGGUUCCACAGCAAAACCCGCCUCAUCAGGAGAAAAGGUUGCACAAGGCAAUACACUAAGCAGCUAUGAGAAGAAAGAAAAACCAUGGGGAAAGGAAGAGAUUGAGAUGCUUAGGAAAGCCAUACAAAAGUAUCCCAAGGGAACCUCCCGGAGGUGGGAGGUUGUUUCUGAGUUUCUUGGAACUGGACGAUCUGUUGAAGAGAUUCUGAAGGCUACGAAGACUGUUCUUUUGCAGAAGCCAGACUCUACCAAAGCUUUUGACUCUUUCCUCGAGAAACGCAAGCCAGCGCCAUCCAUUGCAUCACCUCUUUCUGUAAGAACUGAAACAGCUGGUUUGCCUACUGAGGGAUCUGGAAAUGCAUCAUCCAAAGCGCCUGCACAACCUGCAAGCAGUAAAACAGCCGACGAGCAAGCUGGUGCUGCUCCUGUAUCAAAUGGAACACCUUCUGUAACAGAUCCAGAGGCUUGGUCAGAGGCACAGGUGCUAGCACUGGUUCAAGCUUUGAAGGCCUUUCCUAAGGAUGCAAGCCAAAGAUGGGAGCGUGUGGCUGCCGCAGUCCCAGGUAAAACCGUUGUGCAGUGCAAGAAAAAGGUUGCAGAAAUGCAAAAGAAUUUCCGGAGCAAGAAAGGCGCUGAGUAGAACACGUACCAGCGCAAAUACUAUUUUGUGGCUAAUGGCUGACGAAAGCUUGUUUUUUGAAGAUCAGUAUCCUUACAUAUUAGAGCAUCAUAAUAGCUGCGGGUGGAUUCCUGAUGAAUUUUGCUUGCAUACCGCUGCCUCCAGUGGUAAAAUAAUUUUGUUCUGGGGCUCUGUGAGAACUCACAUUCAACCUUAUCCGGUGUUGGCAUUGUGCCUACACAAAACACAAGUCUGGGCCUACCAAGGAAGAAGCUAAUCUACUGUUGCUGAUACAUAAGUGGACUUUCUGCUGACUCAUGGGUUGUUUAUGUUCGAGAGCCAUUGAAGUAUUUCCUUGCAUUAUUGGUGUAGUGAUAUGAUCUGGUCUGGCACAGUGAGUGUAGAGAACAGCAUCGGCAUUUAUUUGUGAACUAUAAGAUAGAAAAUAUUUGUUACAACUUGAGAACUUCCUAUAUCAAGAAACCAUAUUAUUUUUGCCUAAUCAAAUUCAUUAUUCAUGUCUCCUUGCUAAGUUGUAAUGCUUGGUAUAUGUCCUCUUGUGGUGCUCUUGCGAGAAAAUGGCACCGCUGGGUUGCUUGCUAGCUUGUGUGAUAUAGAAACUUGGC